AUUCUGUACACAUUAUUCCAUUCAUCUUCAACUUCUUUAAUUUAACAUCCUUCUUCUCAAUACUAUACCCAAUCUCAUCAAAUGGCUUCUUCUACAGUGUGUCAAGUUUUGAUAAUCAUGGCUCUCCUAGCCACUUCUUGUAUAGCCCAAUCUCCUGUCGCGGCCCCAACCGUUUCACCAACCGCUAGCCCGACUCCAGUUGCUGCACCUCCAACUCCUUCCCCGGCUCCAGUCCUAGCCCCCGGUGCCCCAACCGUGUCACCAGUCUCUGGACCUUCUCCAUCACCUGCUUCACUUGCACCAAGUGCCCUGUCACCUGGCCCUUCUGCAGGUCCUUCACCAGCACCUGGUGGUCCCCCUGCAGAUGUUCCUAACGGCUCUUUCGUCGUUAACGUUCCAAUGUUUCUAGCGGUCGCUGGAUCUUUCAUUGCUGUUACAUUGAUGUGAAGGUUAUAAAAAUGUUUGGUUUUGCCACACCCAUGAGAUAAAUUCUGUAUUCUUUUUUUUUUUUUUACUGUUAUUUGUUCUUGACAUAUAUACAAUAUUUAUUUUUCUUACAUAUUGGGGGUCGAUAUUUUUGUUUCCAUGUUAAUCAAUUUGAGAUAUAUAUAUAUAUACACAUUGUGGCCCAUUAUUA